UCCCGACCAGCCGCCGCCUGCGAGCCACGUGGCCGCGGCUCCCCCCAGCGAGGCGGCACAGCGGGCUCUGCCGGCGCCUCCCCAGCACUGCACGGAGCGGCGAUCGCGGAGCGGUGCCCGUUGUCGUGGCCUGGGUCAGCCCUUGAGAAUCUUGGCAAGCCCUCCACCGCGUAAGGAAGGAGCAGACCUGACGCUGAGCUCUCACCAUGUCUCAGGCGGAAUUUGAGAAAGCCGCUGCCAUGGUCAGGGAAAUGAAGGUUCCGAUCUCAGAGCAAGAAAAACUGGAGAUUUACAGUCUCUACAAACAAGCCACCAUCGGGGACAUCAACAUUCCCUGCCCUUGUGCAACCGAUGUAACAGGCAAAGCCAAAUGGGAGGCCUGGAAUGGACGCAAAGGGAUGAGCAAGGCCGAUGCCAUGAAGAAUUACAUAGCAAAAGCAGAAGAGAUGAAAAAAAAGUAUGGAGCGUAAAAUUAAGCAUUCAUAGAUAUCAGGCAGCCACAUGUCAUUAGCAGGGCUUUUGACCCAGCAUCCCUGCUAGGGAGUUUCCUCUCACCCUUAGAUCAAUGUAGUGUAGCUGCCAAGCCAAUAAAACUCUAAUCAACAACA